CCCGGCACGCCAGUGGCGGCGGCGGUGCGGCAGACCGCGGACGGCGCGGGCGCGCAUACCGUGAUGGUACCCUGCCGGGACCCACUCACACACGAUUAACAUAUAACAAAUUAUAUGUGCACCAUGAUGAGUAUUGUGUGAUGUGAUGUGAUGAAGUGAUGAUACGUUGUUAUCUUUGUGAUAGUGAUUAUUUACCAGUUAUAUUAAUUCUUGCCAUCGACGUAGAGAUUCGUCAAAUAUAUACCCUUUUAUUGUUUAGUUAGAUAUUUUUUUUGCGUUCGUCGUUACGGAGUAUAUUUCAUAGUUGUGUGCCAUUCAGAGACUAAAUAAUAUAUAGAUAUAUCUGGAUCGUUUGGGAGAGAAAUGAUUCGUCAUAUUCGUGUAACUCCUUUCUCGUUAUAAAUGAAGUACGGCCGGUGCUUUCUCUCUAGCAAUGAUGAAUAAUGUGGUUCGGAAAACUGUACGUUGUAAUUGCUAACUGAUAGUUACGCAAAACUGAUCGAUGAUAAACUACCAGCUGUUAAUACCGUUACUUAGUUUUGAACAUUGCCACCAUUGGAACCUUGAUGGUCGUUCAUCUUUAUGGAAGAAGUAAUUUCCUCCUAAUGGGUUGAUCAGUGAUGUCCUUGUAUCCGACACAUUACAGGUUUCCCCGGAUAGUCUUGAUGACGGGACACAUAUCAUUAUGUGAUGCUUAAUGAUGUCAUGCUGUUCAUAGUAAUCAAACGCUACACGAUGGGAUUUAUUUAGUUUAUUUCGUGAUCAUACGUUAUAGAAAAAUCUGCAAAAAUGAUGCAAGGAUUGUUGGAAUCGCUUUACAAAAUCUAUUCAGAUUGGCGCGCCCCGAUGACGGAUGAGUCGGAGUCUGGACGGAGAGGGCGCACCCACCCUCGUCUCAUACGACCCUCGGAGCACCUCGCCAUGGUGGAACAGGCCAGGGAACAGGCCAGGGAACAGGCCAGGGAACAGGCCAGGGAGCAGGCCAGGGAACAGGCCAGGGGACAUUCUAGGGAACAGGCCAGGGAGAGGCGGCAGUCCGAGGGCAGAGACCGUCGACCGGUGCAUCUCGUUCCGUCGGUGACAGUCGUUCAAGGACCCCGGCCUCCGCCCCCGCCUGGGCCAAGGCCCUACAUGCCAGCCCCAGUAAGAAUGCCGGCGCCGAUCAAGUCAGUUCCACCUCCCGUUACGAGGAUACCGCAGCCGAGGAGAGAUGUUCAGCCUCCGUCGAUCGUCCAGGCUCCAGCUGUUCUCUCCCCGCCGGUGUUCCCUUCACCCCCCGCUCCCCCUGGAACCCUCGCGCCCUCAGCUCCCAUCUCAUCCACUUCUCUAUCAACAAAUUGCUCCGCCCCAAGGACCAUCGUCAUCCAGCGACCCGACGCCAGGCACGGCUUCGGUUUCACCCUCAGACAUCUCGUUGUUUACCCACCGGAGUCGUUAAACGAGCUAUAUGAGGAUGCGCGCCACCUCGCUGUGGGCGCGGUGGGCGCUCCGAUGGACACGAUCUUCGUAAGGUCUGUGCGUGCGGGCGGGCCGGCGGCGGCCGCGGGGCUGCGAGCCGGCGACCGUGUGCUGGCCGUCAACGGAGAGCCGGUAGCCUGCGGCCGUUCGCGAGCGCCCUACGCCAGGGUUGUGCAACUAGCGCAGAGGGAACCCAGGGUGUUGAGGCUCACCGUCGUGCCGAGGGAUCACGAUCUCUUACAGAGGUAUUUCAGCGAAGCAGCGUACAAUCCGGAGACUAACCAGCGACACAGCGAAAUGCCGGCGGUGACGGAGCACGAGUCGCGCCUGUUCGACGCCUACCGUCGACCAACCACAGGAAGACACGACCGUCCGACCGCUGUCCGACACGACCGUCCUAGUGAGCCGGAGUACGCGACGGUGGCGCCACCACCCAGGAUCGACGCUCCCCGACUAUCAGCAACGCAUUACAUUAUGCAUGAUGGCAGGAGAGAAUCCGAUACUUCUUUGCCAUCAUCAGCUACAGAAAGUAAAGACAGUCUCGGCUCAUUUGACUCCAACUCGACACUGACGGGCCGAGAACUGGACGAUUCGAUUAUCCUCUCCCGAAUACGAAAGAGUCUGGAACAGAAGGAGGCGUUUCUGAGACGUCCCAGCCAACCCACGGGAUGGCUCACUCCAGAUGCCCCACCGCCGAUUAAACAAAAGGAAUUCUACGCGAGGCCACAGAAAUUGCAAAAGCAAUCGUGGCCACCGCCGCCUUCUUCACCACCACUGGCCGCUUCUCCGCCGCUAUCCCUGCUUCAACCGACAAACCAGGAACUCAAAGCAGACGAGUGUGCGACCAGUGUUGAUAGCGGAACGUACAGCGGAUAUGGCGAGUUGAACGGUACUCACAACGACAAAAACAGGUUGAAGCAAGACAAGACCCAGUUCGUGGCAACGUUGUCCAAAAUACAGGAAACAUCGCCGAAUAUACACAAUAGCACGAAUAUGGGACCGCUCAGCAACGGCUCGUCGGCUGAAUUCAGGGAUGAGAAUAUGGCUUCUAAUAAUCAGGACAACAGGUACCCAGUACCCGAGCUCCAACUCGUCACAGCUCGUACCCGUCAGUUGGAGGAAGCGCGUGUGGGUGAAAGGAGAACCGAAGUUGCUAGAAGUGAAUUAGCGCGGCUGACGACAACCCGGCUAGAACCGAGCGUGGCGCUACGGAGGAAGGAGUUCGAAGCAAGAGCGGCCAGGAGAGAGGCGCGGUCGCUGGAUGUGCAACCACAGCAAGACUUAGAGGAAGAAUCGACACCCCUUGGCGGCAGCUUAUCGGGCAACCAGCUAAUGAUUACUGGCAGCAAGCACCUCCACUGUACGCCUCCAGCAGGAUUCGCUCCCGAAAUAGAAAAGGUUCAAAUGCGAACAAGGUCAAAUAGUACCGGUAGUGAAGGAUUACCCAUUAGAAGACAUCAUGCCACAGAUGGCAGUCACGCGAAGAGACGCAUGGGGCUGAACAGGGAACAGAUGGAAGCGAUGAACCGCGUGUCGCUGCCGGGCGGCGCAGCGCGGCCAACUCGGCUCAGCCUGGCGCCGCCCUCGCCUACGCCGCCCACUUCCUCGGGCUCGGCGCACACGUCCGGCUCGCCAACGCCCACCACGCCCGCUGACUCAGGUUUUGCUGACGACUUGGUUACGAGAAGACACAAAAAGGAUGCGCAAAUGGGAGAAGAAGAACGUGCUAUGAGAAGGGUCUCCUACCUUAAAGCAACGUGGGGAGACAGACUACACUUGGACAGCGAUGUGGAACCAGAGGCUGAACAAAACGCUCUCAGGAGUGCUUACCGCAAAUGGCGGCCACCACGAUUCACAGAGGACAUAACGCCGUUGCUACGGAUAUUCGACCCUCAAGCGUCGAUUCCAACGCGUCCGGAGAAGAAGUCCCAAGAGAGCACAGAGAACUCCGAGGACGUGGAAGCUGACGUACAAGGGAACGUUCAGAUAAAGAUGGUGGUCAGCAAUGGAAAGCGAGCCAGCGAUCGCUCGUGGAAGCAAGUCUGGGCGAUGCUGCAAGGCACCAAGCUGUAUCUUUACAGACAUCACCCCACACAGGUAAGAGACUUUGACUAUUCAACAAACAAGCACUAUGAUUACAAAAGCCCCGGUGCUGUGAGCGGUAGCGGCGGAUCGGCCUCCACUGUAACAGAGGGCGGCUCCCGAGAUGCUCUCGAUGUCCGCUACUCUCUCGCUGCUCUCGCAGACGACUAUACGAAAAGAAAACAUGUAGUAAGAGUCACUACAGCCGCUGGUGCAGAACUUCUGCUACAGGCUGAAGGCGCGGCAGAUGCACAACGUUGGCUAGCAGCACUCAGAAGACAUUCCGCAGAACCACCACCAUCAGAGCCGGUGUCUAUACCAACAGCGCCGGCCUCUGCGCCUGCGACAGCCACCAGCGCCCCCGCCACAGUGGAGUGUCCUUCACCUUUGCCACCACAAAGAAACAAGAAGAUUGGCAGGAACAGGUCGCCUACCGGUCCUCCAACACCUACUCUGCCUUCGUCCCCCAAGAAUAAGACUUGGAAGGGUCGUAUGGCCAAACAGCUGCGUCGUAUGCACGGCGGUGCCAGCGCUGCUCCGCCAGUCACUGGCUGGUUGGGUGCUCCGCUUGACCGCUGUCCCAGCGACCCUGAACACCCGCUUGUGCCUAAAGCCGUCACCUUACCCGCUCAUGCUGUAGAGGCGUACGGCCUCCGCACAGUAGGGGUGUACCGCGUGCCGGGUAACGCGGCUGGAGUGGCGGCGCUGGCUGCCGCCCUGGACCGCGGGGAGCCGCCCCCCGCCGACGACUCGCGCUGGGCGGACGUCCACGUGGCCUCCAGUCUGCUCAAGGCCUACCUGAGACGACUGCCCGAUCCCAUACUCACCGCACAUCUAUAUCCAGCUUUUAUUGCGGCUGAUCGUUCCCCCGAGAGAGCUCGCGAACUGCGCAAGCUCGUCCACGCCCUGCCCGACGCUCACUAUGAGACACUAAAGUACCUGAUCCAACAUUUGCGCAAAGUUGUCGCAAACUCCGCUUAUAAUAAAAUGGAAGCGAGAAACUUGGCCAUCGUUUUCGGGCCAACGUUGGUGCGCGCGGCCAGCGACGACAUGCUGGCGAUGGUCAACGACAUGUCCAGUCAGUGUCGUAUAAUAGAAUCCUUCUUAACACAUUACGAAUGGUACUUCGAAGAGGAAGAAGGCUGUCCUCCGUCGGAGCCCCCUCCGCCGGGAGACGCCCUCACCCCCGCGCCUGCCCCUUCCCGCGACCUGCUCAUACAUAACGUCAAGAAGAUAGAAGCAGGCAAAGACGUGUCCACACGUGACAUAGUGUCGUCUAUAAUAUCGGCCGCGAACCGUAAGAUCCAGCGCAAGCCUCGCAAGACUGAUAAGAAGUGGGAGGAGAAGGCUCGCUCGCCCGCGGGCUCCCCUCCCCGCUCCCCGCUCGCCUCCCCUCCGUCGCCCUCGCCCGCACAGGCACACGCACACACGCACGUCACCACGCUCGCACACUACGACGGUCUGCCGCACUACAUGGAACAGCACCACCAAACUACCAAUAAAAUUGAAAUGGAGUCAGUGACCUCGAUGGGCCGCGCGAGACAGGAGAUAUCGCGCCACACGCACGCCUUCAAUAACUUCUCCAUAGACGAAACCGGCGACCUGGUGUCUUCCUUAACGAGCACCUUCGACCAGAAGCUGCGCUCCCUUAACAACUCGUCCCCGCUCGACGACGGCAGCAUCCCGUACGCCGACGAGUGCCAGGAAGACGCCGACGAGGGCAAGUCGAGCGCCUCGCCCUCCGAAGCGGGCUCCGUCCGGGGAACGUCCCCCGCGAGGCACAGAGCCGACCAGCUCAAAGCGGCCUGGCUGAGGUCCGGCUCCUCCUCCUCUGACGAACAUGACGCGCGCUGGCCACCGCCCAGAACACUUCCACCCGGACCGCCCGGCCCGCCCGGACCCCUCGGACCGCUCGGGUCUCACGACGACACAGACGAUUCCGAAAAGGAGAAUUCCGGCCCCAAGAACGGCCCCGACGACGACAAAGAUGUCGACACGCGGUCUCAGGCCUCCGCCGGGGACUCCCCCGACAACGAUCGCAGCGCGGCCUCCGCGGGCGAGGGUCCACGUCGCUCCGAGUCACUCGGCCGCGUGCUCCGCUCUGAGAGCCUCAACUGCCGCAGCGACCGGCCGCAACGCUCUGAAUCUCUCAGCAAGGCGGAGCGCCCGACCAAGUUGGAGAAAGGCGAGUGGAACGUGGUGCGACGCCGCGAGGCGGGCGCCUGGCGCUCCACCAAGCUCAAGCGGAAGAACGGUAUGCCGGAGCGAGGCAUCAAGCGCCGCCACACGGUCGGCGGCACCAAGGACUUCGACAAGGACGGCUGGGCGGCGCGGCACACGCGCACCUCGUCCCCGGACCUGUCGGCGGCGGCCUGGUCGCCGCCCGCCGCGCCCGCCUCCAGCCCCGCUCCCACCCCCGCGCCCCUGGAGUCCCACGUCUGACGACACUCUGCCCCCUUGGAGACUCACUUCUAAGGUCUCCGCUCCAGUCGCACGUCUCCAGCCUGUCCGCUGAAGACGAAUUCUGAGCCGAAACGUAUUAAUUCCCUUUAUGGUGCAAAUGUAAUGGUUGCCGGUUAUCUUUUGUUGCGCGCUAAGUUUGAUACGACACUGACUCCUCGACCGGGAGCGCCGCCGGGGACCGACCCGCGUGUUCAGAGAGGCUAUCGAUCGGUUUGAUUUUUUGACUGAAUAGAUUAAGACGCAAUCAUAAUAUUAUAUAACGAACGAAUACAAUACUCAGUACUGGUUCUCGCAUGUCCUAGCCGCGGCUCGAGCGUUCUCGAGGUUCCGCGGAGAGGAGGUGCGACGUUAGAGAUUAAACAUACCUAGUUAUAACGUAGACGAUGCGGAAGUGAUCCGUCUGCAGGCUGUCUGUUAGAAUAGCGCAUACAUACUAGACGUCGUAACGAAGAAAGAAAAGCUAACAAACAUAUGACGGAAGAACUGAUGGAACGCGUCCAUGAACUAAGCUCACUAAAUAAUGCCAAAGAAUGAGUAGAAGCAGGAGGACGGAGAGGAGGAGAGACGACACGACUUGACCGGGGAAUGUGUCCGCUGAGACCGGGAGGUUCUAUAGAAUGACAUAAAAAGGUAGUGAAAUUUUACGUCGGAUUUGAUAUUAAGUAAACUUUCACCGGACCGACUCCGCGACGCGCAGCUCGCAGCUCGCAGCUCGCAGCCCUCAGGGGACAAACUUACUUCCGAUGGACUUUUACUUUAAACAGCAUAAUACGGUUUAAUAUAAGUGCUACUAGUGUAAUUAGCUGAAAUUAGACUUAGGGCUGGACGGCUUGUUGAUAGUGUAAGUGAUAUGCCAGAGGGUAUUCAAAACAUGACCUGACGACUACAACACCACUGUAUCCUUAAGUGACGUUUGGUUAAGAUAUAAGAUAACUCGUGGAGUGUUAGCAGUAAUUCCGUUUCGUAUUGUAACCGACCGCACGCGUGGCCGCCGGCCGCGCCGCACCGCGCUAGUAAAUCUAUGCACAAUAUCACUUGUAAGUAGAUAUUUUAUAAAUUCUAAGUUACCGCUUAGUGGUUCAUUCGGCAGUUUUUUAAAUAUAUUUCUUAAUGUAAUCCGAUGUAGUGAACGCUCUGUAUGUGGCCGCGCCUCGUAUUUUUAUUUUAAAAGGCGCUUAUGAAUUUAUUUUGUAAAUAUUGUUUGCCACGUUCUGUUCCCGGAGACGCCGCAGGAGUCAGCCGGCGAGGGUCAGUGACCCCUGAGCUUGUAAAAACUGUACAUUUCUUUUAACCUUAAUUUAUAUUAAAUUUGUUAUCGUAGCUUUGUUGAAUGCAAUUAUUAUUAUUGUUUUGUUUAUCAAAGAAAAGUAUUUUAGGCUAAAUUCGAUUGUUAUUUAUUUACGAGAUAUGUAAAACGUGAUUUGGAAGUUUGUUUAAAGAAAAAAAAAUACGCAUUACUAUUUACCCUGUAAAUAUGACGCCUGUAUAAUGUUUUAGGAUUUCGUUCAUUAUUAUUUUAUAUUAUUUUUUUUUAAAUUUUAAUACCAUCUUUAAGUUAAGACGAUCUCAAGUUUGUUGAAUGUUUGCAAAGCGUUCCUUUUAAAGUUUUAUUUGUAGAUAUAACGUGUAUCGUAGGGACAGUGAAUAUAACUAUAAUGAACAAGCAGCUCCACUGACUCGUAACGUUAGUCUCGUCUGCGUCUGUAUUCGAAAUAACUCUCGCUCUUCGUGUAGUCCCCUUUCCGUUCGAUAGACACUAUCAAAGACAUCUUGCAAAUGUGGUUUAAACCAGAUUUACAUUGUUUGUCGUUGUGUAUAUUUUGGAGAAAUGAAAAUAAAAUAUUAAAACAAAUUA